AUGCGCUUAAUACUAGCCCCAACAGCGACCACCACACCGCUUCGCUCUCUCAUUCGUUCAUCUGCACGGAUACACCUUCCACCACCACAGCAGCAGCAGCGAAGCAUACAAACUUCAUCGCCCUCCGCUUACCAGCACCUUCUGUAUCUGGGCAACAUUCUCGGCUAUCAAUCCAUCGACCGACUCUCACUCUUGCCUCGCGCCUGGUUAGAUAGCGCCGGUGUAAGUUCCGACGUUGACCACGGGCUUAAAUGGACUUCUGUCUCCUCUUCCCCUUCGCACACACUCCUCUCUUACACGCUUGUCGCAAAUCCGCUUGAUCGUUCCAAGAGACCUAGACAGGCAUCGGAAGAGCUUUCCUCCUCCCAUUCUACCCCUUUUACCCCUGCUUUCGAAGAGCAAGGAGAGGCGGAGGCGGUUGUACUCGAACAAGACCGAGAAAGAAAAGAAAAGGUAGGGCUGAGUAAAGUUUUUGGUAUAGGUCGAAACACCCAUGCGCAGUUAGGGCUGGGCUUUGCUUCUCAGGAAGCAACGAGAGGCAUGCUUACCGGAAGCUUGCAAGGUAGUGGUGGCGUGCAAAAGGUCGUUGCUGGGAGCGGCUUUAGUUUUGUUGUCACCUCUGCAGAUACAGGAUCGAUGGUCUAUGGCUUUGGCAAUGACACCCUUGGUCAACUUGGCUCUUGCGCUCCCCAAGCUACCAUUUCAGGUAGUGAUGAUCCUUAUGAUAUAUCCACGCGCCUACCAGGAUCUCAUGUGGCCCAGUUGCGGCUUCUACCCCUGCCCAAGCGGAUAUCCAUGGACAGCUCCGAGCAUACCGCAUUCCAUGAGGGACGACAAGGAUCAAGUCCAUGGAGAGUCAUUGAUUUGGCUGCAGGUAUAGACCACUCCCUUCUCCUGCUCGAACGAGAACUCAACGGCUUCCGCAUCCAAUCCCUCCUCACCACCGGCCUCAACACAGACGGACAACUAGGUUCAACCCCUCCUUCCAAAUCCUCUUCCCUACCUAUCCAUCCUCUCAUCACUCGACAUUUCACCCCGGUCCCACUGCCACUAGAACCCAUCCCCACCGCCAUCAACACAGACGCAGGGCAGAUAACAGCAGUCGUUGCACAUGCAGACACAUCCUAUGCUCUCACCCGAAGUGGCGAGCUAUGGGUAUGGGGCAAUAGCGAAUAUGGACAAAGUUUUGCUGGCGUACACGAUCGGCUACCCAUCCCAAUGCACCUUGCCAACCCCUUACCGGCAGCAUACUCUGAAUACGACCUUUCUUCAGAUUCAGGUGCAAGGAUUAAGAAGCUUGUAGCUGGCGGUAGUUACGCUGCCAUAUUAGACAACAAUGGUCGCGUUUGGGUCUGCGGCUUCCUUCCUUCGACUCGCUCUGAGCAUCGACCGCCGAAAGAGAAGGAAGAGUGGGGCAAGUUGAGAUUGGUAGAAGGUUUCCCCGAGAAUAUCGUGGUUGAGGAUCUGUAUUCAGGUUUGGAAUACUUGGUUGCGAUAACAAGAGAUGCUGAGGCUCAAGUGGCCGUUUGGAUAUGGGGCAUCCCUCCACGUUCUAUUUGCUCCUUACCCAUCGCUACUCCAACUAAAGUGCCAUUCACUGUGCCUAGCACUCCAAGGGAGAAGUAUCUCGACAAAAACCGCACUGUUGGAGCUCAAAUGCAGAAAGAAAGCAAGGAGAAAGGAAAGAAAACAUCAGAAAAGCCCAACGCUACAAUGAGCGUCGAGCAUGUAGCCUGUACAAGAGACCAUCUCUUGCUGCUCUUGCAAGAUGGCCUUUCCCACAAAGGUCUCGCAGAAGAGAAUGUCUGGGCGGAAAGCAUCGGUCCACCCCAAGCCAAGCCGACUGAUGUUGCACUAUAG